AUGGAGUGCCCCGAGAUUGUCGAUCUGAGCCAGCUCUACGCCACGCCGAUGUCGCCUGUAUCUGGAGAUACGGGCGUAGAUACGAGCAACCUGCCGCAGUCCUGCUCGACGACCUCAAUUGGCGAGGAAAGGGCCGUCAAUGCAAAGAGAAUGCCCAUCUGCAGCUUCACACCCGCCCGCGACCCUGAAAAGCCACGGGUCCUUACAGUGCUUGCAGCACUGCUCGUCCGCCAAUUUUCGCACGUGAUUGUUUCAGGCACAAGCUUUCCCGAGAAAUACAGGGGCCUCCACUGCCCGGACAUUCACGGCCAGCGCCCACCGAAUAGCCUCGGGCCAGAAGAGCUUCCCAAACAGCGCAACCCCGGUGGUCAGACGCCGUGUGCAAUCUCUGCCGUGUUGGCAGCCACAGCGGCUUUUAGUGGCUGGAGCUCCCUCCUAAUCCCAACCGUUGUCCACUGGCGCAACAACCCUCCUCCCCCCCCCCGUCCUCCCUUUCCCUUCUCCAACUUUACACACUUCAUCGCAGCUACUAACGCUCUCCUCUCUUCCCCUUUCGCAAAGAAGCACCCUAUCCCCUUGGUCAGGGAUAUCCCCUUUCGCAGCAAAAGCGCGCCCAAUCGAAAAAAUAUGGUCGCCGCCGUCCCGUCCGCCGCUGGAAGCGGCAAGUUGGAGAAGCAGCCCGUCAAGUUCUCCAACCUGCUCCUCGGCGCCGGUCUCAACAUGUUUGAAGUCACCACCCUCGGCCAGCCCCUCGAGGUCACCAAGACCACCAUGGCCGCCAACCGUGGCGACGGCUUUGCUACGGCCUUGGGACGCAUCUGGUCCCGAGGUGGUGUUCUCGGCUUCUACCAGGGUCUCAUUCCCUGGGCCUGGAUCGAAGCCUCCACCAAGGGCGCCGUCCUCCUCUUUGUCGCCUCCGAGGCCGAGUAUUAUGCCCGCUCCUUUGGCGCGUCCGAGUUUGGAGGCGGCAUCAUCGGCGGCAUGACAGGCGGCGUCGCCCAGGCCUACGCCACCAUGGGCUUCUGCACCUGCAUGAAGACGGUCGAAAUUACCAAGCACAAGCAGGCCGCCGCCGGCAUCGCGCCCCAGUCCACCUUUGCCACCUUCAUGGACAUUUACCGCAAGGAGGGCAUCAAGGGCAUCAACAAGGGCGUCAACGCCGUCGCGAUUCGCCAGAUGACCAACUGGGGCUCCCGCUUCGGUCUCAGCCGCCUCGCCGAGGGUGGCAUCCGCCGCGCUACCGGCAAGGGCGACUCCGAGAAGCUUUCAGCGCUUGAAAAGGUUGGCGCCUCGGCCAUUGGUGGUGGCCUCUCGGCCUGGAACCAGCCCAUCGAGGUCAUUCGCGUCGAGAUGCAGUCGAGGACCGAGGACCCCAACCGCCCCAAGAAGAUGACGGUUGGCAACACCUUUCGCUAUAUUUACGGCACCAGCGGCCUGAAGGGCCUCUACCGUGGCGUCACUCCUCGCAUCGGUCUCUCCAUCUGGCAGACAGUCUGCAUGGUUGCCUUUGGUGAUAUUGCCAAGACGUAUGUCGAGCAGCUCACCGGCGAGAAGGCUACCGCUAAGCAUUAA